ACUCCUCUCCCCGAGGAGAGUGGUUUAAACAGUGAAGGCUGCGGGGCGUCGCCGGAAGUGUCGUAAACGCCGGAUAUCCGGUUCUUCACGGCGCUAAGGGAGCUGACGGAGAGGGCCGCCGCCCAGCAGUAGACGCCGCCUUAACCUGCCGAGCCGCAGUUCCCGCGGUGUGUGAGUGAGCCCGGGCCGGUGUCCCCUCUUCCGCUGCCACCAUGGGCUGCACGUUGAGCGCCGAAGACAAGGCGGCAGUGGAGCGAAGCAAGAUGAUCGACCGCAACUUACGGGAGGACGGGGAAAAAGCGGCCAAAGAAGUGAAGCUGCUGCUACUCGGUGCUGGAGAAUCUGGUAAAAGCACCAUUGUGAAACAGAUGAAAAUCAUUCAUGAGGAUGGGUAUUCAGAGGAUGAAUGUAAACAAUAUAAAGUAGUUGUCUACAGCAAUACUAUACAGUCCAUCAUUGCAAUCAUAAGAGCCAUGGGACGGCUAAAGAUUGACUUUGGGGAAGCUGCCAGGGCAGAUGAUGCCCGACAAUUAUUUGUUUUAGCUGGCAGUGCUGAAGAAGGAGUCAUGACUCCAGAACUAGCAGGAGUGAUUAAACGGUUAUGGCGAGAUGGUGGGGUACAAGCUUGCUUCAGCAGAUCCAGGGAAUAUCAGCUCAAUGAUUCUGCUUCAUAUUAUCUAAAUGAUCUGGAUAGAAUAUCCCAGUCUAACUACAUUCCAACUCAGCAAGAUGUUCUUCGGACACGAGUGAAGACCACAGGCAUUGUAGAAACGCAUUUCACCUUCAAAGACCUAUACUUCAAGAUGUUUGAUGUAGGUGGCCAAAGAUCAGAACGAAAAAAGUGGAUUCACUGUUUUGAGGGAGUGACAGCAAUUAUUUUCUGUGUGGCCCUCAGUGAUUAUGACCUUGUUCUGGCUGAGGACGAGGAGAUGAACCGAAUGCAUGAAAGCAUGAAACUGUUUGACAGCAUUUGUAAUAACAAAUGGUUUACAGAAACUUCAAUCAUUCUCUUCCUUAACAAGAAAGACCUUUUUGAGGAAAAAAUAAAGAGGAGUCCGUUAACUAUCUGUUAUCCAGAGUACACAGGUUCCAAUACAUAUGAAGAGGCAGCUGCCUAUAUUCAAUGCCAGUUUGAAGAUCUGAACAGAAGAAAAGAUACCAAGGAGAUCUAUACUCACUUCACCUGUGCCACAGACACGAAGAAUGUGCAGUUUGUUUUUGAUGCUGUUACAGAUGUCAUCAUUAAAAACAACUUAAAGGAAUGUGGACUUUAUUGAAAAGCAUGGAUGUUAGUGAAAGUUACUACAGUGUGGAGUGUUGAGACCAGACACCUUUUGCUGUCUUAUGGGGCAGCUACAAGCAUGAACGGGACCAGGGAAUGGCAGCAGCAUGCAGAAUCUUAGCACUCUUUAGCACAAUCUUCUAUAUUAGGGAACUUUUAAUUGACAUGAGAUGCUAAAUUCAGACAUUGGAAUUGGAAGAACUGUAAAGUGUGAUUUGAUCAAGACAUCACUUGGAUUUCUUAAUCUUAAAUGCUUAUGGAAGAUGUGAAGUUGAGGUGCUGCAUUCUAGAACUUUCAAUAUAUAGCUUACUCUUUUUUUCCCCCUUCUUAACAAACCACCAGUGGUUCAUUUUUAGGGUUUUUUCAUCAAGAGAAGAAUAACUUUACUAAAUUUUAUUUCUUUAUUUGCAAAAGAAUCUUUAUUAAAACUCAAUGUUAACUAUGCACAUGAUGUGACCAGAUCAUCUUGAAAAUAUUCCUCUUUAGUAGGAACUCUUUGUUUUUAACUCUUGGUGUGGUCAGAAUAUAAUACUUCCAUAAUUACUUAAUAAUGCUUUCCAGUUACUGGGGCUAUGCAUACAACUUUUUUGAUGAAAUUUAUGUUAUUAUCUUGCUCAAAGUACCAUUAUGGUUUCCAUAUGGUAAUUACAUUGGAAAGUUCUGCAGUAAGAUUCUAGUUCUCUCUUUUCUUUAAGCUUAUGGUUGAAGGUCAACCUUGUUUAUGCAGAUUACCAAAUUACUGCUGUGAUGUAGUAUGAUAAAGUCAGCUUCUUGGAUACAGACACACCCAGGACAGCUGCCAAUCAGAAAUGCAAAUUGCUAAAUUCCAAACAGAACCAGUGACUUUGCUGCUACAUAUUUACUAAAUUGACCACUUUGAUUCUUGCUUGUUUGUCUCAGUUAUAGGGAGUUUUGUACAAGGUGCCUCUUGUUUUCCAUCUUCAUGGCCUUUUCUGUUGAGAGACAUCUAAAGUGUAUUAACAGUGCAUGCUUUUACUUUGUAAAUGUGGUGCCAAAUCCCUGUUUGCCAUCGUUUUUACUGUAGCAAUGUUAACUGUAGUAAUCCUUAGUCAGUAUGUUCUUUUGCUGAAACUGUUGCAUUUUGGGACUUUUUUCCACUUUGUCAUGUGUACAUUUUUAAUCUGUUAUAGUUGGCAGCAGUAUUAAAAUGGUGAGUAAAGAGCCCAGGUUUGCUCCUGUUUGUAACUAGUAUUUAAUGGAAAUACUGUCUUCUGUUUCCUUUUGCCUUUGCAGAAUGUGUUUUUAGCCUUUGUGUGAGAAUGGGUUUAGGUGGAAGGGUUUCCUGAAGGUCUAGUCCUUUGGUGUAAUAGUAUUGUUGAACCUUAGGUUUUGUGUUAUAUCUGCAUACGAGUGGAUGUGAUCAUCAUUCAUUUUGCAGAUUUACAUUUUGCUUGUGUGGAGAGUUAUAUUCACUUCAACCUACAGACCCUUUUGUAUAAUGUACAGCAAAUGUCAUUAAAUAUUGAAUGCUCUAUUGGGGGAAGACAAAUGAAGAGAAUGCAUUUUGAGCAUUUCAAAUUCAGAAGUUUGAGCAGUGCCUUUUGGGGUCCAAUCUUUUUGAAUUGGAUUCUUUUUCAUCUUUUGAUGUGACCUUUCACUAGUUUACAGAAAAAGGUUGGUGUCAACAAAAAAGCAAGUCAUAGCAGUUCAGUGCCUUUGUUGGUAGUUUUUAACUUUUUUUCUGAUUCUUUUUGGAAAAUCAUAGCUUACAGAUGGUAUAACUGUAUUAUAUAAUGAAAUUUUCUUUAGAUUUGGGAAAACUUGAUCUGAAAGAAAAUUAUCAGCUUCAAUUGGUGAUUGAUUCAAUGCCCACAAUGUAAACAGGGUUGGUAGUUCUUAUUCAUUUUGAAUAUAUCUUUUCCUUAUUGUAUUCUGUAAUAUGGGAUCAUCUGGAAAUGAGAACUGGUGGAAUAUUAUUUUCAACUUUAGUCUUUCUAUAUUGUGGACUAAUGGAAUGGUGUUACUGAUAAUCUAAAAUAACCAGUAAUCCAAAAAAGUU